GGCGUGAGUGAGGAUCAGUGAACGAGUCAACACGUCGGUGGGAUGUAAAACUACUUCCUGUCGCCCGGUGUGCUCAGGUGGACACGCAGCAGCUGAUGCGGGUCUACGGCGCCCUCAUGUGGUCGCUGGGGAAAGUGAUCAACACGCCCGAGGUGGUGCGGGUCUACCUGGGUUCUUUCUGGGCCAAACCUCUGCAGAACACCGAGAACAGGCGUCUGUUCGAGGCGGAGUCUCAGGACCUGUUCAAGGACAUCCAGAGUCUCCCGAGAAACGCAGCGCUCCGUAAACUCAACGACCUCAUCAAGAGAGCGAGGCUGGCCAAGGUGAGACAGGAAGUUCACUGA